AUGGAACGCCUUAUGUGGGUCGACAUCGAGACGGCAAGCAUCAACCCUGGGUCGCACGUCAUGGAGAUAGCGAUCACCUUGACCGACUUUUGGCUCAACGAGAUUGCCUCUUAUCGCAGCACGAUAUAUGCGCCGCGGGAAUCGCUCAUGCAACAACUGUCCGACUGGUCGCGCGACCACCACCAACGGCCAAAAUAUGGCAAUGACGACUGCAAAAAAUCCUUGGUCGACCUGUGCGCGGAUUCUGCCAUCAGCAAACCCAUCAACGCGGUGGAAGAUGAAAUCAUCAACUUUUUGAUGGAGAACAUCAGCGACCGCCCCAAGAAUGGAUUGCCCCGGAUAUACAUGGCCGGAUCGUCCCUGCACUUGGACAAGAGUGUGAUUGAGCGCCAAUUCCCACGACUCAACUCGCUGGUGUCUCACCAACUUGUCGACGUGACGGUCCUCUUGAUUUUAACAUCGAGAUGGUCCCCAAGUGUGUCGCUCGGGAAGCCACCCAACACAUCUGACCACACUGCAGCCGGGGACGUGCGGUCCUCACUGGAAUUGCUGCGGUACUAUAAGCAGACCUUGUUUAUGAACAACUUUGUGAGCAAAAAGUCCCCGCCGGCGUGCCAUACUCGGAAAAAGUGCAAUAAAAACACUUAUGCUUGA